GCGACAGGCACCUCAGUAGGUGGGAUGGGCGCGGCAAUGGCAGGUGUGGCGCGUGGGCUGGCAAGCGGAGCAAAGCCGUCGGCCGGCCGGGCACAGUUCAAGGGCGUGUUCCAGCAGCUGCGGACCGAGUUGGUGGACGAGCUCGGGGCGAGCUACGAAGUGCCGACUGAGCUGCAAGAGUAUCUCGACUACAUGGCGCAGUACAACGUGCCGGGCGGCAAGCUCAAUCGCGGCAUGGCGGUGGUGGAUACGGUUGCUGGUGUCAAGGGUGCGCCACUGGAGCGCGCCGAGUACUUUAAGGCUGCGGCGCUCGGGUGGUGCGUCGAGUUUAUGCAGGCCUUUCUCCUUGUGGCCGACGACAUCAUGGACAACUCGCUCACCCGGCGGGGUGUCCCGUGCUGGUACCAAAGUCCGCAUAUUGGAAUGGAUGCCGUCAACGACGCGCUCAUUCUCGAGUCAUUCAUCUACAUCAUCCUCAAGAAGCACUUUCGCAACUCGCCGCACUACGUGUCGCUCAUGGAGACCUUUCACGACGUGACGUACCGGACGGAGCUCGGACAGCUGCUCGAUCUCAAGACCGCGCCGGCCGAUGACGUGGACCUCUCGCGGUUUACUAUGGCCAAGUACAACCAGAUCGUCAAGUACAAGACCGGGUACUACUCGUUCUUCCUUCCGGUCUCGCUGGGCAUGACCCUUGCCAACGUGAACGAGCCGCAGGCCUUUGCCGACGCCGAGCGCAUCCUGCUCGACAUGGGCCGGUACUUCCAGAUCCAGGACGACGUGCUCGACUGCUUUGGGGAUCCUGCGGUGUCGGGCAAGAUCGGGACCGACAUCCAGGACAACAAGUGCACGUGGCUGGUGGUGACCGCACUCGAACGGGCGUCGCCGGACCAGCGCCGGGCGCUGGAGAACAACUACGGCCGCUCGGACGCGUUCUUCGUCGAGGCCGUCAAGUCCAUCUACCGCGACCUGGAGCUCGAGGCCGAGUUCCGGGCCUACGAGGCUGCAGCGGUUGCCGAGCUCGAGGCCGACAUCUCAGGUUUUGACCACUUUGACGCCCGCGUCUUCUCCGACCUCCUCGCCAAGAUUGCCAACCGCACAAAGUAAACGGCAACCAGUCACCGAA